CAUACAGGAAACACCCCACGCAGUCCUCCACCCACAUCCCACCAGAGCCACCACCACCAGUUCCUCCACCGCCUCCUCCUCUUCCCCUCGAGUACUCUCUUCCCCUCCUCCUCCGGCCUGCACCUAGUUACCCCCUCCUCCUCCUCGUCUCCCUUCUCUAGUUUCUCAGGGUGCCUCUCCGCACCGCACCGCCCCGCACGGCUCCCCUCCUCUCCAGUUACAGCCUGGAGCUGAAGGGUCUCAGUUAACUACCUGGGCGGAGCUCCAUCGGCCUGAGUUAGCGCGGAGAGAUCUUGUUCCAUCUGAAUUUCUCAAUUAGAAGACAUAUCAGCAAACAACAACAUAUUUUUCUUUCAGUUGAUCUGCGCACCAGAUCUCCUUGAUAACAUGGAAUAGUUAAUGUGCCAAGCUCUUUGCUGAACCAGGAUGGCCAAUACUCCGACUUCCCGAAUGAUGCACCCCUUCGGCAGUGUACCAAGGCAGAAUCUGAAGCAAUUCCAGUAUUCUGACAAUGCUCAGCACACUUGUCAUCCUUAUCAGUCAUCUCCAGACACCCAUGUUGUACCACAACAUGAUUAUAGCCUGAAGUCUCACUCACCAGAUGCUGGUUUUGAAAAUCAGGUUACUCAUAUGAAGUAUACCUUGGACUCCUCCGCGGAAGUUGGUUGUAUGAGACAUGAUUCACCUUCCAGCCAUAGUUUCACUCCUAGGAGUGACAGCAGCAGCCCUUUAUCUCAGGAAGACAGUCACUCAGAUUCCACAAAUGGAUCUCCUGUAAGUGCUUCAUGUGUCACAGUCACUGAAGAUCCUAAUCAUUUGAGGCAAAAACUUAAGGAUCUUGAGGCUGUUAUGCUUGGACCAGACUCUGAGGUAGUCAACAGCCUUGAGAGCUCCAUUGCGAACCAGCUUUCACUAGAACCUGAGAAGUGGGUGCAGAUGAUGCGCUUUCCCAGGGACAACUUGAAGGAGCUACUGGUUGCUUGUGCUAGAGCUGUGGAAGAGAAGAACGGCUACGCGAUAGAUAUGAUGAUUCCAGAGUUGAGGAAAAUGGUUUCAGUUUCCGGUGAGCCACUUCAGAGGUUGGGAGCCUACAUGGUGGAAGGGCUUGUCGCCAGGCUUGCCUCUUCCGGACAUUCCAUCUACAAAGCCUUGAAGUGUAAAGAACCAAAGAGUUCGGACCUUCUGUCCUACAUGCAUUUCCUGUAUGAGGCCUGCCCCUACUUCAAGUUCGGCUACAUGUCGGCAAAUGGUGCAAUUGCAGAAGCUGUGAAGGGAGAAGACAGGAUUCAUAUAAUUGACUUUCAUAUUUCUCAAGGGGCACAGUGGAUUUCUCUCCUCCAGGCCCUUGCAGCCAGGCCAGGUGGACCACCAACUGUAAAGAUCACAGGCAUUGAUGAUUCAGUAUCAGCUUACGCUCGAGAUGGCGGGCUGGACAUAGUUGGGAGGAGGCUGUCACACAUUGCUGGCCUCUGUAAGGUUCCUUUUGAAUUCCAUGCAGUUGCUAUCUCUGGUGACGAAGUGGAAGAGAGGCAUCUUGGAGUCAUCCCUGGGGAAGCUCUCGCCGUGAACUUCACCCUGGAGCUGCACCACAUUUCGGAUGAGACUGUGAGCACGGCGAACCACCGAGACAGGAUCCUGAGGCUAGUGAAAAGCUUGUCGCCAAACGUGCUUACCCUUGUGGAGCAGGAGUCCAACACGAACACAGCCCCUUUUGUGCAGAGGUUCGCUGAGACUCUUGACUACUACACCGCCAUCUUUGAGUCCAUCGACCUGACGCUCCCCAGGGAUGACAAGGAGAGAAUUAACAUGGAGCAGCAUUGCCUGGCAAGGGAAAUAGUGAACCUCGUCGCCUGUGAGGGUUCGGAGAGGGUGGAACGGCAUGAGGUCUUCGGUAAGUGGAAGGCGCGUCUGAUGAUGGCAGGCUUCAGACCGUCUCCGCUCAGCUCACUGGUGAAUGACACCAUCAGAACGCUGCUGCAGAGCUAUUCGGUGAACUACCAGCUCGCCGAGAGGGAUGGGGUGCUCUACCUCGGAUGGAAGAACAGGCCCCUAGUGGUUUCAUCUGCAUGGCACUAAUGUUACCAUGUUAUGAUGCGAUCUAACGACAAACUUGUUUGUAACUUCUGCUUUGGGUAGACAAUUUAGAUGCAUGUUUCAUUGGACUUCAGGAAGGUAUGGUGACACUGGUAUGGAGAUGGCUAUAGACUGUUGUUGCAAUGCUAAACUUAGCAUUAGAUCAGACCUUUAUAAGGCUGACGAGUUGUAGUACCUAGUUUCGGGGUGUAUGUUUCGGUUUCAGACCUCUAAUCGUAAUGUUGUUGCAAUGAAGUCUCAAUCUGCAUCAC